AUGAAGGACUUGCACGAGGCCAAAGAACGGACGUGGGCGGAGCCGGCUGAAGAACCCGGAUCAAAUCUGAAGGACGGGGAUAAGACCGGAGGAUAUACUGUGCGGCCAAGAGGAUAUACUGUGCGGCCAAGAGGAUAUACUGUGCGGCCAAGAGGAUAUACUGUGCGGCCAAGAGGAUAUACUGUGCGGCCUAGAGGAUAUACUGUGCGGCCAAGAGGAUAUACUGUGCGGCCAAGAGGAUAUACUGUGCGGCCAAGAGGAUAUACUGUGCGGCCAAGAGGAUAUACUGUGCGGCCAAGAGGAUAUACUGUGCGGGCUAAUGGUGUAGAGGGAGGAGCUAAUGGUAUAGAGGGAGGAGGUAAUGGUAUAGAGGGAGGAGGUAAUGGUAUAGAGGGAGGAGCUAAUGGUAUAGAGGGAGGAGGUAAUGGUAUAGAGGGAGGAGGUAAUGGUGUAGAGGGAGGAGCUAAUGGUAUAGAGGGAGGAGGUAAUGGUGUAGAGGGAGGAGCUAAUGGUAUAGAGGAAGGAGGUAAUGGUAUAGAAGGAGGAGGUAAUGGUGUAGAGGGAGGAGGUAAUGGUGUAGAGGGAGGAGGUAAUGGUAUAGAGGGAGGAGGUAAUGGUGUAGAGGGAGGAGCUAAUGGUAUAGAGGGAGGAGGUAAUGGUAUAGAAGGAGGAGGUAAUGGUGUAGAGGGAGGAGGUAAUGGUAUAGAGGGAGGAGGUAAUGGUAUAGAGGGAGGAGGUAAUGGUGUAGUGGAAGGAGGUAAUGGUAUAGAGGAAGGAGGUAAUGGUAUAGAGGGAGGUGCUAAUGGUAUAGAGGGAGGAGGUAAUGGUAUAGAGGAAGGCGGUAAUGGUAUAGUGGAAGGAGGUAAUGGUAUAGAGGAAGGAGGUAAUGGUAUAGUGGAAGGAGGUAAUGGUAUAGAGGAAGGAGGUAAUGGUAUAGAGGAAGGAGGUAAUGGUAUAGAGGGAGGAGGUAAUGGUAUAGUGGAAGGAGGUAAUGGUGUAGAGGGAGGAGGUAAUGGUAUAGAGGGAGGAGGUAAUGGUAUAGUGGAAGGAGGUAAUGGUAUAGAGGAAGGAGGUAAUGGUAUAGUGGAAGGAGGUAAUGGUAUAGAGGAAGGAGGUAAUGGUAUAGAGGAAGGAGGUAAUGGUAUAGAGGGAGGAGGUAAUGGUAUAGUGGAAGGAGGUAAUGGUAUAGAGGAAGGAGGUAAUGGUAUAGUGGAAGGAGGUAAUGGUAUAGAGGAAGGAGGUAAUGGUAUAGUGGAAGGAGGUAAUGGUAUAGAGGGAGGAGGUAAUGGUAUAGAGGAAGGAGGUAAUGGUGUAGAGGGAGGAGGUAAUGGUAUAGAGGGAGGAGGUAAUGGUAUAGAGGAAGGAGGUAAUGGUAUAGAGGAAGGAGGUAAUGGUAUAGAGGAAGGAGGUAAUGGUAUAGAGGAAGGAGGUAAUGGUGUAGAGGGAGGAGGUAAUGGUAUAGAGGGAGGAGGUAAUGGUAUAGAGGAAGGAGGUAAUGGUAUAGAGGAAGGAGGUAAUGGUAUAGAGGAAGGAGGUAAUGGUAUAGAGGGAGGAGGUAAUGGUAUAGAGGGAGGAGGUAAUGGUAUUGAGGAAGGAGGUAAUGGUAUAGAGGAAGGAGGUAAUGGUAUAGAGGGAGGAGGUAAUGGUAUAGAGGAAGGAGGUAAUGGUAUAGAGGGAGGAGGUAAUGGUAUAGAGGAAGGAGGUAAUGGUAUAGAGGAAGGAGGUAAUGGUAUAGAGGAAGGAGGUAAUGGUAUAGAGGGAGGAGGUAAUGGUAUAGAGGGAGGAGGUAAUGGUAUAGAGGAAGGAGGUAAUGGUAUAGAGGAAGGAGGUAAUGGUAUAGAGGAAGGAGGUAAUGGUAUAGAGGAAGGAGGUAAUGGUAUAGAGGGAGGAGGUAAUGGUAUAGAGGGAGGAGGUAAUGGUAUUGAGGAAGGAGGUAAUGGUAUAGAGGAAGGAGGUAAUGGUAUAGAGGGAGGAGGUAAUGGUAUAGAGGAAGGAGGUAAUGGUAUAGAGGGAGGAGGUAAUGGUAUAGAGGAAGGAGGUAAUGGUAUAGAGGAAGGAGGUAAUGGUAUAGAGGAAGGAGGUAAUGGUAUAGAGGGAGGAGGUAAUGGUAUAGAGGGAGGAGGUAAUGGUAUAGAGGAAGGAGGUAAUGGUAUAGAGGAAGGAGGUAAUGGUAUAGAGGGAGGAGGUAAUGGUAUAGAGGGAGGAGGUAAUGGUAUAGAGGGAGGAGGUAAUGGUAUAGAGGAAGGAGACAGAGAGAAAGGCGGAAAUGGAAGACAAGAGUAA